GCUGCGCCCGUAGCGGCGGUCGGUGGCGGUGGUGGUAGCGGCGGCGACGGUUUCGUGGCGGCCGCGCGCUGCUCUCUGAGCGGCGGGUGGUGGACGGGCCUAGGCCUUCGCUCCUGACACUUCCCUUCCCCCCACCGCACCGCGCUAUCUGAAGCAAAGACUCACUUUGAAGAUGUUUAAUAAGUCAUUUGGAACACCCUUUGGGGGUGGCACUGGUGGCUUUGGCACAACUUCAACAUUUGGGCAGAAUACUGGUUUUGGUACUACUAGUGGAGGGGCUUUUGGAACAUCUGCAUUUGGUUCUAGCAACAAUACUGGAGGCCUCUUUGGAAAUUCACAGACCAAACCAGGAGGAUUAUUUGGUACUAACUCAUUUAGUCAGCCAGCUACUUCUACAAGCACUGGCUUUGGGUUUGGCACAUCAACAGGAACAUCAAAUAGCUUGUUUGGAACUGCAAGUACAGGGACCAGUCUCUUCUCAUCCCAAAACAAUGCCUUUGCACAAAAUAAACCAACUGGCUUUGGAAAUUUUGGAACAAGUACCAGCAGUGGGGGACUUUUUGGUACUACAAAUACCACCUCCAAUCCUUUUGGUAGUACAUCUGGCUCCCUCUUUGGGCCGAGUAGUUUUACAGCUGCUCCGACUGGGACUACAAUUAAGUUUAAUCCUCCAACUGGUACAGAUACUAUGGUUAAAGCUGGAGUUAGCACUAACAUCAGUACCAAGCACCAGUGUAUUACUGCUAUGAAAGAAUAUGAAAGCAAGUCUCUAGAGGAACUUCGUUUAGAGGAUUAUCAGGCUAACCGGAAAGGCCCGCAGAACCAGGUGGGAGCAGGUACCACAGCUGGCUUGUUUGGGUCUUCUCCAGCAACUUCCAGUGCAACAGGACUCUUCAGCUCCUCUACUACUAACUCAGGCUUUGCAUAUGGUCAGAACAAAACAGCCUUUGGAACUAGUACAACUGGAUUUGGAACAAAUCCGGGUGGUCUGUUUGGACAACAGAAUCAGCAGACUUCUAGCCUCUUCAGUAAACCAUUUGGCCAGGCCACAACCACCCAGAACACUGGCUUUUCCUUUGGUAAUACCAGCACACUAGGACAGCCAAGCACCAAUAGCAUGGGUUUAUUUGGAGUAACCCAAGCCUCACAGCCUGGAGGUCUUUUUGGGACAGCCACAAACACCAGCACUGGGACAGCAUUUGGAACAGGAACAGGUCUCUUUGGGCAGCCCAAUACUGGAUUUGGUGCUGUCGGUUCGACCCUGUUUGGAAAUAACAAGCUUACUACAUUUGGAACCAGCACAACCAGUGCUCCUUCAUUUGGUACAACCAGUGGCGGGCUCUUUGGUUUUGGCACAAAUACCAGUGGGAGUAGUAUUUUCGGAAGUAAACCAGGACCUGGGACUCUGGGAACUGGACUUGGUGCAGGAUUUGGAACAGCUCUUGGUGCUGGACAGGCAUCUUUGUUUGGGAACAACCAACCUAAGAUCGGAGGGCCUCUUGGUACAGGAGCCUUUGGGGCCCCUGGAUUUAAUACUACGACAGCCACUUUGGGCUUUGGAGCCCCCCAGGCCCCAGUAGCUUUGACAGAUCCCAAUGCUUCUGCUGCCCAGCAAGCUGUUCUUCAGCAACAUAUCAAUAGCCUAACGUACUCACCUUUUGGAGAUUCUCCUCUCUUCCGGAAUCCUAUGUCAGACCCUAAAAAGAAAGAAGAGAGAUUGAAACCAACAAAUCCAGCAGCCCAGAAGGCUCUCACUACACCCACUCAUUAUAAACUAACACCGCGUCCUGCCACCAGAGUUCGACCAAAGGCUUUACAGACCACAGGCACAGCCAAGUCCCAUCUCUUUGAUGGGCUGGAUGAUGAUGAGCCAUCCUUAGCCAAUGGAGCAUUUAUGCCUAAGAAGAGCAUUAAGAAGUUGGUUUUGAAAAACCUUAACAAUAGCAAUCUCUUCUCUCCUGUUAAUCGUGACUCUGAAGAUCUUGCUUCACCAUCUGAUUAUCCAGAAAAUGGGGAGAGGGAUGCAAAUUUGAAAGAUAAAAGAGAUUUAUGGAAGACAGUCUAUGAAAUAACACGCAUCGUUCUCACUAAGGUUGGUUACUAUACUAUUCCAUCUAUGGAUGACCUUGCUAAAAUUACCAAUGAAAAAGGAGAGUGCAUUGUCUCUGACUUCACUAUUGGUCGUAAAGGUUAUGGCUCAAUCUAUUUUGAAGGAGACGUGAAUUUGACAAAUCUAAAUUUGGAUGAUAUUGUGCAUAUUCGAAGGAAAGAAGUGAUUGUCUACUUAGAUGAUAACCAAAAACCACCUGUGGGUGAAGGGCUAAAUAGGAAGGCCGAAGUUACACUGGAUGGAGUUUGGCCAACAGAUAAAACAUCUCGUUGUUUAAUAAAGAGCCCAGAUCGACUUGCUGAUAUGAACUAUGAGGGCAGAUUGGAAGCAGUUUCAAGGAAACAGGGAGCUCAAUUCAAAGAGUACCGUCCCGAAACAGGUUCUUGGGUAUUUAAGGUCUCCCAUUUUUCUAAGUAUGGCCUUCAGGAUUCUGAUGAAGAAGAGGAGGAACGACCAUCCAAAACUAGUACAAAGAAGUUGAAGACUGCCCCUUUGCCUCCUGCGGGCCAGGCCAUCCCAUUCCAGAUGGCUCUUAAUGGCAAGCCAGCACCUCCACCCCAGAGCCAGAGCCCAGAGGUGGAGCAGUUAGGGAGGGUUGUGGAACUGGACAGUGACAUGGUAGAUAUCACCCAGGAGCCAGUUUUGGAUUCCAUGUUAGAAGAAAGCAUGCCUGAGGAUCAGGAACCUGUGUCUGCCUCAACACACAUUGCAUCUUCACUGGGAAUUAAUCCACAUGUCUUACAGAUCAUGAAAGCAUCAUUGCUUGCUGAUGAAGAAGAUGUAGAUACGGUCAUGGAUCAACGCUUCAGUCACCUUCCUUCUAAAACAGAUACUUCUCAAGAAAUCUGUUCUCCCAGACUCCCCAUUUCAGCAUCCCACUCGUCAAAAUCCCGUUCUUUAGUUGGUGGGUUACUACAAUCAAAGUUCACUAGUGGAGCUUUUCUUUCACCAAGUGCCUCUGUACAAGAAUGUCGCACCCCCAGAGCAUCAUCUUUGAUGAAUAUCCCAUCCACGUGCCCUUGGUCUGUCCCUCCACCCCUCACCUCUGUAUUUACAGUGCCCAGCCCAGCCCCGGAGGUUCAGUUGAAAACCGUGGGUACACGUAGACAACCAGGCCUUGUCGCUCUUGAAAAGUCUGUCACCUAUGGCAAGGGGAAACUCUUGAUGGACAUGGCCCUUUUUAUGGGACGCUCAUUUCGAGUUGGUUGGGGCCCCAACUGGACUCUUGCUAAUAGCGGAGAUCAGCUGAGUGGUUCACGUGAACUGGAAAAUCAUCAGAAUGCCGAUUCUAUGGAAUAUGGAUUCCUGCCUAAUCCAGUAGCUGUUAAAUCCCUAACGGAGUCUCCAUUCAAAGUUCAUUUGGAAAAACUCAGUUUGAGACAAAAGCCAGAUGAAGACCUGCAGUUAUACCAGAUACCUCUGGAGCUCAAAUUAAAGCACAGCACUGUCCAUGUAGAUGAGCUGUGUCCUCUUAUUGUCCCUAAUCCAGGAGUUGCUGUCAUUCAUGACUAUGCAAAUUGGGUUAAGAAAGCAUCAGGAGACUUUUUGGAAGCACAGAUUGUGAAGCACUGGAGCCUAGCAUGGACAUUAUGUGAAGCCUUAUGGGGCCACCUGAAGGAGACUGACAGCCAGUUGGAUGAGUCCAAUGAAUACAUUCAGAUUCUGGAGCGAAGAAGAACUUUCUCUCGCUGGCUGUCCUAUACUGCAGCACCUCAAAUUGAGGAGGAAGUCUCCUUAACCCGAAAAGACAAGCCUGUGGAGGCUGUCUUCAGCUACCUCACGGGCAAGAGAAUCAGUGAGGCCUGCUCUCUGGCCCAGCAGUCAGGUGAUCAUCGUCUUGCCCUUCUUUUAUCCCAGUUGGUGGGCAGCCAGUCAAUCCGGGAGCUGCUUACCAUGCAGCUGGUGGAUUGGCAUCAGCUCCAGGCUAACUCUUUCAUCCAGGAUGAGAGACUGCGGAUCUUUGCCUUGUUGGCUGGAAAACCGGUAUGGCAGGUCUCAGAGGAGAGGCAAAUCAAUGUGUGCUCACAGCUGGACUGGAAACGCUCCCUGGCUGUCCAUCUUUGGUAUUUGCUUCCACCAACAGCCUCCAUUUCCAGGGCACUCAGCAUGUAUGAAGAAGCAUUUCAGAUGAGAGAAUUUUUCUUUAUUCCUAAUGCUAUCUUAUUCCUUUGUGAAUUCCUUGAUAUACAGCCCAACCUCAAACAUUAUGAUCUCAACCAGCUGCUGGAGCCUCGAAGCGUAACAGCAGAUCCUUUGGAUUACCGCCUAAGCUGGCACUUGUGGGAGGUGCUACGGGCUCUUAACUAUACCCAUCUCUCAGAACAGUGUGAAGGUGUUCUACAGGCCAGUUUUGCUGGCCAGCUGGAAAGUGAGGGGCUCUGGGAGUGGGCUAUCUUUGUCUUCUUGCACAUUGACAACUCAAGCGUGCGUGAGAAUGCUGUUCGAGAGCUACUUACCCGGCACUGCCAACUAUUGGAGACCCCUGUGUCUUGGGCUAAGGAGACUUUCCUGACCCAAAAGCUUUGUGUGCCUGCUGAAUGGAUUAAUGAGGCCAAAGCAGUGAGAGCACACAUGGAAUCUGACAAGCAUUUGGAGGCCCUCUAUUUAUUUAAAGCUGGACACUGGAACCGCUGCCACAAACUCAUCAUCAGGCACUUAGCUUCUGAUGCCAUCAUUAAUGAGAACUAUGACUACCUGAAGGAGUUCUUGGAAGAUCUGGCACCUCCAGAACGCAGCAGCCUAAUCCAGGACUGGGAGACAUCAGGGCUUGUUUACUUGGACUAUAUUCAGGUCAUGGAAAUGCUUCACCAGAUACAGCAGGUGGAUUGCUCAGUUUAUGAAAUGGAGCAGUUACACACCAAAGUGACCUCACUCUGCAACCGCAUUCAGCAGAUCCAGUGUUUCAAUGCCAAGGAUCGCCUUGCCCAGUCAGACAUGGCCAAACGUGUAGCAAACCUGCUGCGGGUGGUAUGGAGCCUUCGGCAAGCCCCUGAUGCAACCUCUGACUCAACACCAGACCCUCAGCGAGUCCCUUUGCAUCUUUUGGCUCCCCAUGUUGGCCGGCUCCCCAUGCCUGAGGACUAUGCCUUGGAGGAACUGCGCGGCCUCACACAGUCCUACCUGCGAGAAUUGACUGUUGGGAGCCAGUGAAUCCCAGGUUCCUCCUAACACACUCACAUGCUCAUACACACUCACCAUACAAAGGUCCUUUACAUUGAGUUGAUUGGCACUAUUUGCCAUUCUCUUGGUUGGCUAUGGAAUUCAUCCUCUUUUCCUGCUGCCCCAAGCAGCAUCCUUCAUUUGUUCAGGGCUUUUCUCAAUGCUGAACAAAACAUAAGGGCUUUUGGAACCCAAAAAGGAGCCAAGUCUCUUUUUACUUUCCUUAAGACCAUUCUUUUUUUUUCCCCUUUCUUUUCAAAAAGGAUCAAUAAAACACCUUUGGCAGAAAUCCCCCCCCCCCCCCCCAAGAACCAGGGAAUCCUUUUCUCUCUCAGCCAUUCUGGAUCUUGUGACCCUCCAUGCCAACCUCCUACCCUACUCCUACCUCAGCCCUUUUAUACUUGGACAAAUGUGUUAAUCAAGGACUGUCCUUCCUUAACAGAUGAACUAUCCGCAGAAGGAAGUAGAAUAUGUCUCUUAAGUAGGUUGAUGACUUAACAAUGUUUUAGAGUCCAAAGAGGGUUGGACUGAGUUAGGAAGCAGUAACAAGGUCUUUCUGACUCAUUUAGGGUAGAAGUGAGUGCCUGCCAUGGAGGGAUGAAUCUUCAAGGCUUGUUCUGCCUUGAAUGUUCCAUGAACACCAAACCUUUCCUACUACCAUGUACAGGAACUCUCGGUCACAGAUCCUGUCUCUUGGAAGCUCCAGAACUCAGUUUGAUCCCUGGUUUUCAGUCAUCUUGCUAGGCCACCAUUCUGGAUUUCCCUGAAGGGUUUGGAUAAAACAUGGCAGGUUGGGUAGCCCUCCUGGUCCUUUCUCUUCUAGCCCAAAGCAUUUCCUACCCAUUGUCUAUAGUCCCAGAACAUAAAACUGUUACUGAGGCAGGCAGGGAGCUGGGCUUUAGGGGCUUUAGUGGAGGGCCUUUGCUACACUGCUGCCAGCUAUGGAUAGUCCCAGGUAAAGACCUGUGACAGCUGGUAUUAGGGCUGUCACAGACAACAUGGCCACCUCUGGGUCUUUAUGCAUGAAGAUUAUGUAAAGGUUUUUAUUAAAAAGUAUAUAUAUAUAUAAAUAAAUGAUCUAGAUUAUU